UGUCCCCUCCCAGCGGGUCUCCCUCCCUUCGCCACUGCAGUGAAAGCCUCGGUGUACAGAGAGAGAGAGAGACGGCGAAGAGUGCCUGAAGCUGGGUAUAAAGCCAGGACGAGACCUCCGAGAGCACCACGACCAUAUUUUCUUUUUUUGUAUUUCUCGCCACAACUCGGCGGCCUACCUACUCCCACCCCUGUUGUACCUCUUUUCCGUUCACAUCGCCUGGAUUUCAUCAUCCGACCUGCAAGAUGUCGAUGCUGAUGAGAUUAAGAGGCUAGGGAAGAGGUUUAAGAAACUCGACCUAGAUAACUCCGGCUCUCUCAGUGUGGAGGAGUUCAUGUCGCUGCCGGAGCUCCAACAGAACCCGCUAGUCCAGAGGGUUAUCGACAUAUUCGACACGGACGGGAAUGGAGAGGUGGACUUUAAAGAGUUCAUCGAGGGAGUCUCACAGUUCAGCGUCAAGGGGGACAAGGAACAGAAGCUUCGAUUUGCUUUCAGGAUCUACGACAUGGACAAGGAUGGCUACAUCUCCAACGGUGAACUCUUCCAGGUGCUGAAGAUGAUGGUAGGCAACAACCUGAAGGACACGCAGCUCCAGCAGAUCGUGGACAAGACCAUUAUCAAUGCAGACAAGGACGGAGACGGCAGGAUAUCCUUUGAAGAGUUCUGCGCAGUGGUCGGCGGUCUCGAUAUACACAAAAAGAUGGUCGUGGACGUGUGAGCGCUCCUCCGCUUGCUGACUCCCCCCCUUCCUCCUCGACACUCGCUUUCUCUACCAUCUCUGAAGAUCUGCUCAAGACGUCCGGCAAAACGCUCUCUGUGUAACUCAAUGGAAGUAUUCUCUCUCUUUCUCUGAAUCUCUCUUUCUUUCUCUCUCUGUCUCUCUCUCUCUCUCUGUGAAGCCACUUUUUCUUUCAGAAACCACGGGCCUCGUGAAGCCAACUUUGAAGUGUUAUUGAACUGUUAAUCCUCUCAAUAACCCGGUCGUAGCACUUUAAGAGACUGAUGGACAUCUAUUUGUCAUUCGCAAGAGCAUCUCCGAUUUUGGAUGAGGGGGGAGAAAAGAGGGGAAAAGGGGGCGCAGUGAAGAGGCUGGUUGGCUUGUUCAUAUUUCAUCCUUUCUUUUUUUUGCUAAUUGUUAUUUUUGAUAUUUAUUUUUUGUUCUUGUCUUUUAUAAAGAAGAAAAAAUACAAGUAUAUCUUUGGUUGUCUCGUGAGGGGAAGUGUAUAGUAUUUUAACACUUGACUUACAGUACAACUAGAAAGUAGGGUAUGAAGUGCCAACCAGAACAUAUCCAGAAACCAGUCCAAGUUAUUACCUUCUUAUCUUCGCCGCCGUCAUCGAUGCCGGACAAACCGGCUCACGACACUUCCGAGUGCACGACUGCGAGUCCCUCAGUGGGUGCAAGAGUCAAUUUCAAUCUAAUUUUCGGACGUUUUGUUCUCCGUUUUAGCUUACGUACGAGCAGUUUGGAUUAGACCAGUAAAGCUUCCAGUCACUCUUUUUUUUUUGUGGUAAGAUUGCUAGUUUUAUUCAUACUGAAGAAUGUGUUUAUAUUGUUGGAGAUUAUCCUUGUUUCCUGUCAUGAAGUUAUUAUUAGGUAGAUACAUUAAUGCCAAGAAAAUGUCUUUCCAAAAUCAUUUGUGGCUGCAAACUGAUUCAUGGUUUACUCUUGGUGAAGCAUUUUUGCGUUUAACAGUGAGCAUCCAUCAGACAAUCUGCAAUGCAAAGAAUAGCUCUGCACUCACACUGACAAACGAACUGAACUCUACAGAGUUCCAAGACUUUUAUUUAACGUCAAGAACAGAGGCUGGACGGACUUGGCUAAGAACUGAGUAAGUAGUUUGGGGGUGAAUAAUGGGAUUAUACACCAUUUGUGCGAGUAUAUAGCAAUUUAAGAGACUUAUCUGCAGGCAGCAUUUUUUUAACCAAUAUGUGUAUAUUAGGUAAUCAAUGUGUGCUCAUCUUCUUCAACAGCAAGAGAAGGCUUUGCCUCUGCUUUACAUGAGCCCUUCUGAAUACUUACCAUUAUGAGUACUGCGCUAGACGGGUCAGAGUUUUCUUUAACGCAACACGAACACUUUAAAAUCUUAACACGUUGGCAUGAUCAGUGUGCAGUGGGAUAGACUAUAUUGUAGUUUUUUUUUUGAAGGUGUACAUUUCAAAAGUUGGCUUCUUCUCCCACUUAUUUUUUUCCUGUCACAAUCACCUGAAUUUCUCCUCCUCCCACCCACAAAUACGAACAGGGAGAAAAACUUAAAAUUUAACCAAAUUUUAAUUUCUAUGGGAAAAAUGCUUCCUACUCUAAACGACAUGGGGAUAGCUUUUUUGUUUUGCUUUGGAGGCCGACUGCUGGUUAGAACAGGAGUUUUCAGUCAGAGAUGUGAAUCUGGAGUGCUCUGUCGUUCCCUCAUCCCAAAGCUCUGCACGGCUUGGGCCUCCCUGUGCUUGCAUGACAUGGAAAUAUAUUUUUUUGUGCAUGUAGAUCAAUUUUUUGAAAUAAUCCUCGUUUACACAUGGAUGGUGAUGUUAAUAUAUUUAAGAAUUUAAUGGUAUACAAUAUGGAUGUUGCCAAACUUUGGUAAAUGUACACAUAUUAUGAGAGGUAAUCCAAAUGAACUGAACUACAUGUAACUUUUUGUAUUUUUACCCGGGUCAGUGAGAUGCUUCUAUUCCAGUAAAAGUUGCAUAUCUGAUCCCGUCUCAAACUGCCACACACUGUACUCAGCUUAAAGGGGAAAUUUUGAUGUUUGUUUUUUUUUUUUUUCUUUCUUUUGUAUAUAAGUAUUUGUUAAAUGCAGUUCUGGCUCUCUGUAUAGUUCAGACCACGCUUUAGUUUGUAGGUGCUACUUUUUCUCUGAGGGACUUGGGUUCUUUUUAGUUUGUGUCGGGAUAUCUGAGAAGAUUUAAGUUUGAGAACCUUUUUUUUUUUUUCCUUUUUCUGCAUGCUGCAUCUUAUGCUGUGGGACUGUUGGAAACUUGAUACUGUAUGAAAAUUUAAAUUUAAAUAAACUUUGAAAUGUUGAAAGUAA